AUGUACAUGGACACGCGGCUGCAGCAGCAGUUCUGGGGCUAUGGUGGCUACUCGCAGCGCGAUCUCUACUCGCAGCGCGAUCUCUACGAGCCUCCUCCACCGGUCCCCAACCCCAGUCCCCCCAUCGGUCGCCUCGCGCGCCCCCCGCUACUCGUCAUCCCGCCGAUCGUUCCCGCUCCGCUCACCCCCACCCCAGUUGCGCUGAUGCGGGAGAUUGAGCGCUACAACCGGAAGAAGAACGCGGAGAGGGCGGAAAAGCUAGCGGCCGAUCGCCCCGCGGGCCCCCCCGUGCGUCCGCGCAGGCGGAGGGUUUGGGACGACAUGUUCUUUGACCUCCCCCCGACGCCCCCUCCCCGACGCGCGUCUGCUCCCGCCGCGCCUGUCACUCGCGUUAUUCCGUCGGAGCCACUUCAGGUCGUCACUGCUAGUACCGCGCCCGCGCCUAGCACUGCUAAUACCGCGAUUAACACUGCUCCCGCGCCUGUCGUUCGCGCCGCUCCUUUGAAGCCACUCAAGGAACUCAACGGCGCGCUUCCGCCGCCACUGCCGCUGACACUCUCCGCAUUGAACGGCGCAUCAAACGCACUCGCUCCAGAGAAUGGCAAGGCGGUGAGAUCGCACAGGCUGUUACCCGUCUCUGCGAACCAACCUUCGUUCAGGGCGUGGCUGGGGAACGAAGAGAAUGCGACAAUGGCGACAGCCGUGCGACCGAGCGGCGCCUGCUGCGAAACGGCGUCGCAGGUGUCGUCUGCGGAGCUUCGCAUCGAUAUAUCGUCGCUUGGCGCUGCUGCUGCUGCUGCCGGCGCUCCUGCCACUGCUGCUGGGUUAUUCUGUGCUGACGUGGGAAGCGCCACGGCUCACACGUCACUUCAGGGGAGUCUCUUAUCAAGUCCUGGAACGUCAGCACUGCCAAAUGCUGCUGCUGCCUCUGCUGGAAAGAAGUGUCACAGGGAACCGCUGGCUUGCUCUGUCGACCUGCAAGCCCUUGGCUCGUUCCUCUGCUCCUGCCUCUCCGCUCUGCUGCUUAACACGUUGGGGGAAAGCUCAACGAGCCAAGGCUCAGAGGGUCAAAGCUGGAAGGAAGGAAAUGGGACGCCUAUGCCUGCAGCUGCACCUGCAAUUGCAACAGGAGCAGCUGUGAUGUCAACAGGGCUGAAUGAUAUGCUGCUGGCGCAGGCAAGAGUGCAGGAAUGCGAGAAUGUGAGGUUGACGGAAGGGGAGGGAGGAGGCGAAGUUUCAGGAUGGGAAGAGAUUCCAGUUUCUUUGCGCCUGCAACCCAAGCGGCCGCUGUCACCGCUUGCGCCACUGCUAUCCCCCAUAUCAGCUGCCUCAGUAGGAGCACUUUCGCAGCUGAUGUUCCAACCACCGUUGAUUUUACCUGGGAUAUUGCCAUCUGGGAAGGCGAUGCAUCCUGGCCGUCGGUGGAGCCCCUCGUCUGUUCUGGCCUCACAUUCGCCUGCCUCCGACACGUCAUCAUUAGAGGGAAGGACUCCGUUCACAGAGGAAACGCGUUAA